CUAUUUUAUGAAAAGAAAAAAAAGGCAUUUUAUUUUCUUUCUAUCGAUUUUUAGUGUCAUAUGUUAUAUAAUUUUAUGCAUAAGUAUUGUGAUGUCAUAUACGACUCUUGACAGAAAAAAAUAUUAAAAAUUUUCAAAUAAUUUUGAUAUCUGUUGUAUUUCUCCGGUCACCAAAAUAUUACUGAUAUCGCACUUAUGAUAGUCUCACUAAAUGAAAUUAAUUAUUUCAAUUACUCAAUAAAAAUACGUGUGGUCACUGUGGUCAGAAGAUCAAGCCAAGGAAUAGAAUGAUAAAUCAAUGAAUCAAUGUCGUAAGUAAAAGAGGGAACAGGGAAAAGUUUCAUUGCAAAUAAAUCGUCAAUGUUCAGAUUGGUCAUUGGCUGUGGCAACAAUAUCCAAUAAAGAAUUUUUUUUAAGAGAAUAAAUUUCCAAACGAUAGAGCGUGUGUUCUGCAAGUGUUAAGUAUGUUCAUUAAAAAAUAUUUUAAUUCUUUUGGAGUGUAACUAGUGCAAAAAUUAAGUACCAAUCUCAGCCAAUCAGAUGUUCCCAUUGGCCUAAUGAGUUUAUCUAAUUGGCUAGUACUUGUACUAGCUACACUGAAAAGGAAUUUGAGAGCAUCACUGUGUACAAAAUACAUGUGAAUCUGCCAUCUUACUUAACCUUACUAUCCACGUCUAUUGUUUGAAACUUCAAACAUCGUUUUUUGACAUUUUUGGUAUUGCUCCGAUAUUUCCGCAAAAUAAUGAAAAAUGAAUAUCUGAAGCUGAAAUAAUUGCAAAAUUGGAACUUCCUCUACGGCUAAUGUGAAAUUAUUCUCACAUUUUUAUGUGUAUCUCAUAAUUUGGUACUAUGAAUGACUCUGAUGAUGUUAUGACAAGCAUAUACAAUACCUUGUUACAAUUACGAUAUCCGCACAUUACUAACGCGGAAUCAAAGGACUUGGAGACAACGAUUCUCAGUGGUGAAAAUCGGGUCUAUUUACUUUCCUGGCUCCUGACAGAGAAGUCUCCAUCAAUUGUAGCCAGUUUAGAAAAACUGAAGAAUACUGCUUUGGAAGAUCAAUUGUUCGAGUACUAUUCUCAGAUUGGAAUCUGCAACAACAAAAACAUAUUACUGGGUAAAUGUUCCUUGAAGGAGCAACUGCCAACUUUAAGAUUACUGUUAGAUUUUAUGAGAAAAGUAUACUUGGAACCUUUUGCGAGUACAAAAAAUGAAACGGAAGAAACAUUUACAGAUAUUAUUAAGUUGUGCACUGAGGCAUCCUCUCUUCCUGCCAUUAAAGCAAAACUAAGUUAUGCGGAAGCAACUAAAUAUUUUGAAGAAAGUGAGAGAGAGUUGAGUAAUUAUUACGAAGAAAUUAGAACUAAUUUGUCUGAAGAUUUACAUACAGAGACUGAUGAUAGACCGAUAAAUGAAGAACAGGAUGCACUGUUUGACAAAGAGAAGGAAAAGUUUGUGGAAGCAUUUCACGCAGUUUCUUCAUGGCCAGCAAGAGUCAGGAGUUUAGACAAGAGUACUGCCGAUUCUAUUUGUUCGAAUAUUAAAAGCAUAUGCUCUAAUUUUUCCUCUUUGAAAGAGAUACUACAAGCAAAAGAAGAAAUAUCUCGUGUGAAAUUAACAAAGGGAUUACCGAAGACUGCUACACCUUUAAAUGCAAUUAUAGAAGAUAUAGUAAUUUCUAAUGAGGAACUCGAGAAUCUGAUCAGCAAUGAUGAAUGAUUUUGUAUUUAUACUCUUGUAUGAAAACUCUAUAAUUGUUUAGUAUAAUUUAUAACGUUCCAAACGUUUUUGUAACAUAAGAAUGAGAUUGUGUAUUUAUAUAAUUGUAAUGCAUAAACAUCACUAUAGAGGGAAAUACUUCGAUAGAUUGAAAUAAAACAAUUACAUAGGUUUUUAAA